CGCACCGACCGACCCCAUAGCCCCUUUUAGCUGCAAACCGACCGGGCGGUUUCGGUUAAUGCACGGUUACACCGGCGCCACCGAAAAAGAAGGAGACGGUUCGGUUCAACAACUUACCCGGUCAAAACCGAGGUGGAAAAGAAUCCAUCUAUGCCAACAUCUCCAAUUCUGUCUCUCUACUUCUCCCCAAAAUUCCCAAUUUCAGUUCAUCCCUCUACUUCUUCCCCAAAUACCCAGCUUCAACUCUCUGCUUCUCCCAAAAUUGCCAGGUCCCAACGAGACUCUGCUUCUUCAUCGCCGAAAUCGCCGGCCGACCAUAGCCAAUUGGAGAUUCGGCAACCGGGGAGAAGCAUCCCUACCCUCCCUGCGUUCAUCGGCAAGAACAGAGGAGGCGGCGGCAGCAGCUCGACCCGAGAGUGACAAAUCGGGCGUCUCGGUCACUGACUGAACUCACGCCGCGGCAAGGGUGAUUGUAGAUUUAGUGGAUUCGAAGUGGCUUCAUCAAUCCAGUUCUCCGACUUUCCUCCUUCUUCGUCGGAUUCGUGCAGAGAAGGAGAGCGAGAGAGCGGAGGAGAGAGCAUAGACAAGGCAGAUUCUUCUUCUUCUCUGACCUUCUUCGUUCUGGAUUCCGUCGAGGUGGAGCCGGCGAGGUGGAACGGCGACGAUGGUGGAGGGGGAAGGGAUGGUGGAGGUCUGGAACGUCGGCGGUGAAGGGGGAAGGGGAAGGGCUGGGCUGCGCGACGAUGGUGAAGGGGGAAGGGGUCGGUCGAUUUGGGAUUAGGGUAAUAGGGACCCUGGGACGACAUCGUUUUUGGGAUAGGGAAGGGGGUCGGUUAGCCGGUUAACCGUCGGUUUCCGACCACGGUUAGUCGGCUAACCGGACCCAUGAUAUUUCCCACCGCCAACCGACCGCUGCUAUUGGGAUCGCGGUCGGUUCGGUUGAAACCGUCUGGUUAACUACUAACCGAAAAACCGUCCGCUAGCCGAAAACCGGUCGGUUCGGUUGAAACCGUCUGGUUAACUACUAACCGGAAAACCGUCCGCCAGCCCUACUAUCCAGUAACUCUAAUUGCUCUGUUGAUCAUUCUACAAUCGAGUUUUGUUGAGACUAGCGAUUCAGAGAAUAAUAACAAGAUUACAGAAGAGAGCGAUAACUAAAUUGUAACAAGGUAAAACGAUUCAAGAUUUGAUCAUGAGGGUUUUGGCUAGAAGUGUAUACCAAUUGGUCCAAUUGCAAACCGAUCGGCUUUUAGACCAAACCGGAUUGGACCAUGUGACCAUAUGCUGUCCUUGGCAAAAUGCAAUUCUAACAAAUGGAAGCCAUGCCAACAACGUCCUAUGAUUGUUACCGUGAUACUACAGUUAUCACUUGUUCACAAAACAGAGCAGAGUACAAAGAAAAUACAAUUCCGAUGAAUGAAACAGAGCAUAACAUUCUGGUGGCUUUUCCAUCUCUGACAAAUAUUUGCAGCCACAAGCAUUUCAUGCUCUUGACCUCUUACCAUGGCAUAAAACUACAAACAACUUCAAGAACAUCACCAGAAUUCACUUACCACUAAACCAGAAAGAAACCAUUGCAGAGAAAUAAAGAUCAAGACUUGCAAAGAUGUUGGGCCAACUGACCUCGUUCCUCCCGAGUCUCUUCUUCCUCUGCACAAUGUUCCACAGAAACCUUCCCCGUGACUUCCAGAACCACAUCGGCAAGUUCCUCCACAAGUCCCUCUUCGCCUUCCUCUACCCGUACAUCCAGAUCACCUUCCACGAGUACUCCGACGACUUCUACUACCGCCGCAACACCGCCUACGCCGCCAUCGACAACUACCUCAGCUCCAAGUCCAUCCAGCAGUCCACGUCCCUGAAGGCCGACUCCUACAAGGGAAACAAGAACAAGCUGCUGUUAACCAUCGAAGACCACCAGGAGGUCUCCGACACCUUCGCCGGCGUCACCCUAGUCUGGUCCAAGGAGAGCUCAAAGCAGAAACACAGCUACUCCGGCAAGGACAAGGUCUACAAGCUGACGUUCAACAGAAAGCACAGGGAUAUCGUCACUGGGGCUUACCUGAAGCACGUCGUCGACGAAGGCAACGCCAUCUCGCAGCAACACAGGCAGAGGAAGCUUUACGCCAACGGGUCGAAGAAGUCGUAUACGGGUUCCAGUACGGCGUCGUGGAGUCAUAUUGUGUUCAAGCAUCCGGCGUCGUUUGACACUCUGGCGAUUGAUCCGGCGAGGAAGAGGGAGAUCAUGGAUGAUUUGCUGGCGUUUAGUAAGUCGGAGGAGUACUAUGCGAGGAUUGGGAAGGCGUGGAAGAGGGGUUACCUUCUCUAUGGUCCGCCGGGGACUGGGAAGACCACCAUGAUUGCUGCUAUAGCGAACUUCUUGAGCUAUGACAUCUAUGACCUGGAGCUGACUGCGGUGAAGGACAAUUCGGAUUUGAGGAAGCUACUGAUUGAGAUAUCGAGUAAGGCGGUUGUUGUUAUAGAGGAUAUUGACUGUUCGCUUGAGAUUACAGGUCAAAGAAAGAAGAAGAAGGCCAAGAAGAAGGCUACCAAGAAGGGUGAGAGUGAAGAGGAGAAGAAAGAAGAUGAUGGUGGAAGUGGUGGUGAUGACAAGGAGUUGGAGAGUGGAGAUGAGACUGAGAGCAGCAGCAAUGUGACACUUUCUGGGUUGUUGAAUAUCAUUGAUGGGAUUUGGUCAGCUAGUGGAGGGGAGAGGGUUAUAAUAUUCACGACCAACCAUGUGGAGAAGCUGGAUGAGGCAUUGAUCAGGAAGGGAAGGAUGGACAAGCAUAUCGAGCUUUCUUACUGCGAUUUCGAAGGGUUUAAGGUGCUUGCUAAGAACUACCUUAGUAUUGAGACUCACCCGCUGUUUGAGGUCGUUCGAGGCCUGCUGGAGAAGACCAAGGUUAGCCCUGCUGAUGUAGCUGAGAGUCUGAUGCAGAAGGCUGUGGAAGAAGAUGCAGAGAUUUGCUUGAACAGGUUGAUUCAGGACCUCGAAAGUAAGACUGCCAAGGAAGGAGAACAGAGUAAGGAAGCAUAAGUGCAGAACAAGUGAAUGAAGCAGAGAAAGAAGAAAGGACAGAUUGAAUGAAGGGAAAUAAUGGGUGGAUAAGUUUGGGUUAGUUAGGUUUGGAAUUUGAGGUUUCUUAUUAUGUUUAGCGUUAAUCAUGUGUCAGUGUUUUGGAACUACAAAGAGACCUACUGGGUUGUUUAUUUAGGUUCUUCUAGUGAACUAAAAUUCGAUCAUUAUCUUCUUCGGCUAUGGCUGUUAAACCUAAAAGACAGGAAGGUAGUCAGUAGGAGAUUGUCAUAAAAUCAGUUUGCUUUUACAUAAAAAAAUCAUAAUAAUUUUUAUAAGUGUGUUGAAAAUUCUUCCUCAAGUAGUCAAGUUGAUUUAUCCUACUGUUAGUAGGAAACUUGUAGUCCUGAUACUACAAGGAGAGGAAAAGUUGCCUUGUCCGUAUUGGAUAAGGAAUAUCCUUCCUAUUUACUUUUGGAAACCGGCUGAUGGUACUCUAUAUAAACACUUUCAGAGUAU